AAUGCUCUCCCAUCACUAGGAAGUAACUGAAUUUUAAUGCAAAUAAAUUACGCAUUAAAUAUGUCAGUCGUCUCCACUCGCAAUAUUUCAUAUGCAUCAUCAAUGCAAUGCUACGUUUGCAUAUACAAUCAGGCAUGUAAAUUGAAAACAAAGCAACUUGCCAAAUAUGAAACGAUACCAGCUAACGUGGAAUGCAGGGGAUGCAAAUUGCAACGUUAUUGCAGCUUAAAGCAUCUGAUUGAGGAUCGCGAGCAUCACGAAGUUUGUGGAGUUUUAACAAAAUUGCAAAAAUCACUGAACAUUGCGCAUCCAUUGCUGUUGAAUGAUCAUCCCCAUAGACGCAUGGAACUGCAGCGGACUGUUGCACAAUUGAUGCUGGCGACGCGUCUCAAACUCGGUCGCAAGUUGACACCACGUGAGCGCCAACUUAUUGGCUAUCCCAGCUAUUGCAUGGUAUGCUAUAGUCUGGACACAUUAACUGCCUGCAGUCGCUGUGAGGCUGUGGCAUAUUGCUGUUCGGAGCAUCGGCGCCAGGAUCGUGAUUAUCACACACGUGAAGCAUGCGACACUUUGGCGCUUUAUUAUUCCCCAUAUCGCUUUCUCGAAAGCCAGUUAAGAAUUGCCAACUUUAAGCUGCCAUGUGAUUUAGAGCAGAGUUGUUUGGUCGAAGCAUUUUAUCGUGCCACCAGAAUGGAGAUAAACAGCCAACCCUGGAGCUGCUUAGAGGACUAUGAGAAAUACGCAGCAUGUUCAUCCUUCAGUGGCAUCAGCAGCAUUUGCUUGGCUCUCACUACUAUUACAUUUGUGGCUGCACCGCAUGAGACGCUCCACAUUUAUGUGGUGGGUGCAACUGAAGAACACCGACGCUACUUUCAGGAGAUGCAUCUGAAGUUUUUCUUUCUUCAAUAUCAAUCUAUUUGGCAGCUGGUUGUUUCCUUCAUUGGCCAUGAACAACAACCGCAGGAGGAAGAACUGGUCAUAUUUAACUUGAAGGGUAGCAAGCGUAAAGUUUUCAAACGCACAUUUUCGAUGACUUUUGUCCAGUUUGCCAAGUGCCAUAAGGUGGACCCUGUGCUGAUUAUGAUUUAUAAUCCAGACUUUUCUGCACUAAAAAACUUGAAAAACUUGUACCAAACUGUCCACAUCUUCCCAAUCUUAAAGAUUCAUAUUCUUGGAAUUCAUGCAUGUAUUACUUCUCUAACAAAGAUGCAGUUUCGCUCGAAUAUUGCGUUUCUUAAUGAGAUCGCCUCUACGUUUGAGAUCGAAAUAAAUAACGCCUAUGAUUGCGAGGAGAAUCCGUACCGUGAGAUCUUACCUUAUCCCAAUCUUAAUCCUGAUGAUAGUGAAACAAUCAUAUACGCCAACAACUAUUUGAAAGUUAUUUAUACCAGUGUAUAAAUUAAAUUAUAUUUUUAUCAUUUAAAUUGAAUGCAACAUGUUUUUAUCAUUUAUUUCAUAUAUAAAAGAACACUUGUACGUGAUCCACUGAUAAAUCAAAAUGU